CAAUGACGUUGCUGCUGUCAGAUAUAUUCGUCGUAAGCGCCGAGAUCGCUCUUAAUCUUAUCGUCCGUGCUAUCCAUGCCUUCACGUAAACAACUUACAUCGCUUUUCCAUAGUAUUUUCUCAUCAAAAUCACUGCCUAGAUACUAAUCAGAAUUUUAUCGGUUUGUAUCACAAACAAUUCAUCCCCACUUCAACUCAACUUAAUUUUAAUGUCAAUGAUAACUUCACCUCCCUCCAAUUCUUCAAAUCCUCGACGCAGGAAACGUAAAGAUCAAGCCUGUGAACCUUGUCGAAAGGCCAAAACACGCUGUGAUCAUACAACUCCCAUUUGUUUGAGGUGUCAACGAAAAGGUGCCGCGGCAAAUUGUAUAUAUGUACCUUCGCAUCCACCAGUGCAUCCUCCGAGUCAUGGCCCUUCCUCUGAACACUCGAUAUCCAAUCCUUCUCAUCCCGUUAGAGAUAUCACAAACGACUCCUUAGUAUCGCCGCAAACUUCUGGAUCUAUUGAUUCACUGAUAGAUCAUGCUGCAGCAUCAAGAAAAGUUCCUGGGUUCUAUGGUCCCACGAGUUUUUCAGCUCCGUUUCUUGAUAACGAAAAUGGCCUCGUGUCGGAUGUCGAUGAUGAGGGAGAAUGUACAUUUUCUGCAGGUUCGAUAACGACGCCCCCCACGUUAGCUAUAGUCACGAAUGGUCAACAAACUGCGGAAAUAUCUUUGGGAAUGAGAAUUUUGAGUCAACUCCCUGACCAAAUUACUUGUGAGUCACUCAUGGAAAAUUAUACUUUGAAAUCAAUAGAGUAUGCUUUCCACAAGCCUACUAUCCUACACUGUAUGAAAUCCCUAUGGUCCACAUUCGGUCAAAGUCUACGACAUCCGAGGAGGCCAGAGAGACUCAGAGAGGUAGCUUACUUGUUGAGCAAAAAUACCAGCACAGAAUUCCCUGACGCUGAGGAUGGAGAUGCUUGGUUAUCCUCAAUGUCAGGUGUGAACUUUAGGUGGGAGAUUCUGGGUAUACUAUUCUGUGUACUGGGGCAUCGGGCUGCUGGGAUGCGAGACAAGGAACAAGAAUCCUUUUUUGAAACACAGUCAGGUAGACGAAAGGAGAGGCUUGUUUUUACUGAAGAAAUGUACGAGUGUGCUGAGGACUGCGUAGAAAUAUGUAGUAAGAUGGAUAUCGGUAACAUUCUUAUGCUGAGUUUAUUGUGGAAAACAAACACACUUCAGAGUGAGAUCAUAGGAGAUAUGUCCUUCAAAUUAUGGAGAAGACAGGGCGACAAAGUUCAUCUUGCUACAGCUCUAGGCCUUCACCACUGUGCCAUUUGCCCUGAUGCAGGAGUUACGACUUCGCUGGAGAUCAAGAGACGCAUAUUCUCUGCUAUAUUUGUCAACGAUAAAACGUUGUCGAUUUUCACUGGUAGGCCUCCUGGCUUGAGCCGUCGCUAUAAUUCAUGCCCAUUACCACUUGAUCUCGAAGACGAGAUUCUUCUGGCUGGGAAGGAGACCCUUCAAGAAGCAGCGAGUAAGCUGGAUGAGAAUGGUUGGAACAGAGAGGGUAACAUAUAUUCUUCCUCGAGAAUUCGAGCAUCGAUGAUGUAUGGUGAAAUCAUAGAUGAAAUAUUGGAGAUUUCACUCGGGACUAUCAACCAAUUCUCCGAGGCUCGUAUAAUGGACCUGCGAAAGCGGAACGAGAAUAUUCAAGAGCGGCUUCCACCGUGGCUUCGUCUUUCAAGCUCUACUCCGACUAAUUCAUCUACAACUACUCAUUGGAUACAGAUUGCACUCAAAUUCAAUUGUCUUCAGUGCUCAUUUAUUUUGGAACAAGUUUUCGUCAGAAAAAUAAAGGGUGACAAGCAGCCACUGCUUGACAUUUCGAGACAACUCUUGGCGCUAACCGUUUCGAUGUGGACUUCCAAAGAUCGCUUUCUGACCUAUUAUUCCGACUACGACUGGGUUAUCAUGUGCUACGGGAUUCCAUCAGCAGGCGUCAUCUGCGUUGAACUCAUCAAAGAGAUGGAAAAUCCUGCAGCCCAGCCGACCUAUUACCUGCCUCGAUCAGAAGUAAUCCAAAACCUUAGUCUAUUAGUCGGCUUCCUAGAUUGGGUAAGACCGACAGCCGCGAAUCAUGAAUUAUGUGGAAGAAUGCGUCAAAUAGUCAAGAGGACCUUGGAUAAGAUUCUUGAUCCUCCUAAAAUUGCCAAUACUCCCAAAGCGUCUACUUCUACCACAGUUCCAUUAUCAGAUCUUAAUGUCGAACCGAUGGUCAUGGAUGACUUGGACUGGCUGGAUACUAUUGAUUGGGCAAAAGGACCAUUUAUGGACUUGCGAAUGGAGGGAUAUAAUGAAUUCUCUUGACUCGCGGAAUAAAAUAGUCUGGGCCGAAUUUUGUCUUUUUUAAUGCCAAUAAAACCCUGUUUAAUUUUGCAAUUCAAAGAUCUUCGAGCAUUUUUAAAUGAUGAUGUAUUUAUUGUUUUAGCGUCUCUUGUAUUACUGGUGGGUUGGAGAGGAGCAAUGUGGAUCACAAGAAAUACAUGGAAAAUUCUUCAGCAGAAGUUUUAAUAAUCCAACCAGAAAGGUUGCUUAAUGUAUCGGAAUGUUAUCACGCCCAAAAUCAUUUCUCAUGAAGUGGCCUGAAAUGAAUGAUAGCUUUGAACAAUUUAUCAAGAGAUAGCGAUUCAUAAAACCUUUGUCGUUGAAAGCUGCCAAAGAGAAAACUGUGGGGGAGGGGGGUUCUAGAAUGAGUUUGGACUAGCAUGUACUAGCAAGUACUAAUAAUAGUACUAGUCAUCGAAAGCUCGGCUCUAAAGUCGA